AUGCCUGCGACGAUUAUAGAAAGUGUGCUUACGCGGAAAUUAGAUACUGUUUUGUUAUUCAAGUGGUUGAACAAUGAAUCCAUAGAGGAUGCACCCGAAGAUUGUAUUUUAUAUUGUUGCAGCAAGAGCGAAUUCGUCUCCUAUUUUUUGACAUAUUUAAGGACCCAAACUGACAGUGUUUUGCAAACAAACAGCAAUGCUGUACAAUUACUACAACAACAAGCUACUCCAGAAAAGAUAUUAUCUAAACAAAAACACAGAAGAUCAGUCAGUGAUCCAACUAGUGACACUGAUCGCACAACGGACAGUCUCAGUGCGAAAACCAAUCAACUUAGCCAUGAAUCGCCUAGUAAAGAUCGAAAAAAAUCCGGACGAAAAGUCAAAACCAAAUUAUUUCCUGAUGACAAAAGUAAAGACUUAACUAUUUCAUCAGAUGAAUCUAGGCUUAGUGGUGGUGUAAACAGACUGAUCAUAUCAAGUACGCCAAUAAAAAAUGGUUACAAAAAUGAAUAUCCAAGUCUAGUAUCGAGUCCUGUUACUCCUAAUUUACGUAGUUUUAGAGACAGUUAUGAGAGAUGCGAUACACCUCGGCUAUCACAUAGACAUUCAAGAUCUCAAGAAAAGAACAUUAGCUUAGGAGAUUUCCUAGUUAAUGUACAACCUAAAAGCAGUAAGAAAAAACGCAAUAAAAAUGUGUCUGAUGAAAAUGAUACAGACACAAAAGUGGAAUUGGAUCUGAGUAAUUCUGAGAUUUUCCCAGAGAUUGGUGCAAGAAAGUCUAGUUCAUUAAGAUCGGAGCGGCGAAGAAUAAAACCGACUAAUUUAGAUAAGAGUUCCAGUCAGAAAAGUUUCUCCUUAAAUAGUUUUAAUGCUGAAACUUUUCAACAACCCUCUCCGUUAGCUUUGGAAAACAAUGCUGCAUUCAAAGAACAGAAAAUACAGCCUAAGGAAUUUUCCAAAAGUUUCGAAGUAGAAAGGAGUAUUUUGAAGCAAGAACGGCAUAAACUUAUGGAGAAAUUUAACAUUUUAAAUACAUCUACAUCACAAAGCUUAACCUCAACUCCCCAAAUAAAAGUUACACAAAAAGAAUGUUGUGAUUUCAAACAAUCUUAUGUUACUGCCGAUAUAAAUAAAGUUGUUUUUAAAGAUCAGAUAGAUAUUUUAGCUGAAAUAUAUGACACUCUACUCAAAAAUAACUUGAUCCUUAGUUUAAAUAUAGAAAUAUACUUUUUAAUAUCUAUUUUACUUUCCAAGCAAUAUGAAGAAGACUUCACAAAAGUGGAAUCGCAGUUAAAUGAGAAGAAUAUAAGUGAAUGCUUAUUAAAAUCAAUACACAAUAGUACAUAUUUUGUUGUUAAAUCUUUGUGGUAUCUACGAACAAUAUUAGAAGUAAUCUUAGAUAAGAAUUCCCUAAAAAUAUUGGGUGAAAAUAAGAAAAUCCGAAGUUUUUAUCCCGAUUUAGCCAAAUUCCUUCUCAAUUCAUAUGGACUGAAAGUUGAAGCAGAAAAUAACCAGGAAAAGAUCAAAAGCGUUACUGAAAACAGAGCUUCAAAUGGAGUGAUCUGUUUUAAUUUUGAAACCGAUAACGCGGAAAAUUUUCCGUCAGUAUUGAGUUUUCAGAAUUUCAAAAAACAAAGAGACAUGUUUUACGAAAUUUUGAGGUGGUACCAAGAUACGCAAACAUCUGGAGGAACGAGAACCACGUUUAAAGCGCGUAUCAAAACUCUGAUAUCUUCAGGUCCGACCGCAGCCAAUCACGCGCAUUUGGCAGCCCUGUUCACAGCGCACAUGAUUGCAGAAUGUCUACCACCUACCGUACAGGAGUCAAAGCUGAGCAAAUUACAAAGGCGAUUGACGUGCCCCACAGCGCCAGAGUCGCAUAGAUUGCCGCAUUUCACCGCAAAGGAGACGUUUUACAAGGAAUUUAUAAUGUAUGCUGAGAAUGAAUGCUUCCGAGUCCAUUUGCGAGAUGCGUUCGCUUCGGAGAUUAUCGCCCUUGAUUCCACAACUAUUGUAUCGGAGAGCUAUAAUCAAUCAGACAUCUCAAGAGAGUUCUUACAGUUAUCCAAAAAGCUGUGUCUUCUCUCGAAAUUCCUGGGAUACUUAACAUCUUUACCAUACUCACAAGUGCCUACAGACUUUAUGACGAAGACUGGAGCCCUAGCAAACACAAGAAUACAGAAAGAAGUUAACUAUACAGUGCCUAAAGAAAAAGUUUUGCAGAAUAACAUCGCAUUAAGAAAUUUUACACAGCCUUGCAUAGAUUUGCGUGGAAUAUUAAUAAACUCCGAUGAAAACGGUCGCUUGUGCAUAACGUUACCCUGGAUCAUCCAUUAUUUGUCCAUGCUAGACUAUACAUCACUACGCCUGAAAUACUACCAAAAUCUACUAAAAUUACUAUUCAAUAUAUAUGAGACAAAAUUAAAAAUGAACCCAAUAAGUCUGAUAAAGAAGAACACUGUGAUAUUUUUGAAAUCAAUACUCGGAUGGCUAUUUGGCUUGCCGCAUUUCCCUCAAGAAUUUUUCUGCGAAAGCAAAAGUUUGAACGUCAGUGUUGCUAGUGAAAACACUAUAGACUUUUAUGAUUUAAUCAAUGAAUCGAUCUUGUUUGAGUUGUGUCCAUUCCUGAGAGACGUGAAUGUGUUACUGUCCACGUGUAAGAUAUCGAACGAUCAGAAGGAGAUGGGCAGUUUUAGACAUAUAACGCCUGUAAGCUUAAGUUUGAACGCCGAAGAUCGGAUACGGAAUAAGGAGAAGGAAUUACAGGCUCGUUUAGAAGAGGAAUUCUUAAAAACUCAGCCGUCAUCGACGCGUCGUGUUUUAGAACUGGUAAUGGAACGAGUCACUUCCGGCACUGUGAAGGAACUGACCGCGCAAAUUUUGAGCGACUUCCGCAAGAAAACGCGAGAAAAAGCUUCCAACCUAGUUUUCUCUAAAAAUGGCGAAAAUAAUGAAACACUCAUCAAAUCUCUAGAGGCACUGUACGCGUCCCAGCUACAGCAGCUGCGGGGCGAAGCCCUCGAAGCGGGUGUGGCAUCUAUCAAGAGACGAGCGGGCGCUGCUUUGGCGGCGCUCUUACCUUCCGCACCUUCACCCCUUCUGUCCCUCGCCGUGAAAGGCUGUGUCAACAGGCUCAACAAGUGGCUUAAUGAUAACUGGAGUACUACAGCCGUACUCUGCAAGGACUUAGAAGAAGAAAUGAAGACACUUAUAACGCUCGGUGACGCUGUGACUGGGACGCAUCAAAAUUCAGUCGAUCUGACUGCUAUGCUGCUGCCCAGUGAUAAGUUUGAUGCUGUCCACGUUAGCGCGGCCGCCGCUGUUAUCAACCUUAAAGAGCACAUUUGCCUUCUGCUUGACUACGACGAGGUUCCCGAUUCCACAUCGUUGCUAGCCACUUGUACAGCUGCUUGUUCGCCAACGAACCUGUUCAGCCGGCCUCCAACCCAACGCGCUAUUUUACAACUGAGCGUAGACUAUUGCAUCGUAUUUGUAAGUCGAAAACCGGAGCAAGUUAACGAUGAGUUCCUAAACAAACUCCACGCACUGUGGAACACAUGCUGUCCGGACAGGAAGAAGCACGCUCCGCAAGAGUUGCUGUUGCCGGAACGCAGACCGGACUUGUCGCCGGAACUGCGCAACUUUGAGGACGACGAAAGACCUCCAACUCCAGUAAGUGACGAGGAUGAUGCACCGAUAACACCGGAUGCUUCGGGUUCGAAUAUGGAGAAACUUGUUGUUAUCAUUGACUGCGCUGCAAGUGUUGAGAGCAAAAGUGUUCCAGAACAAACGAAAUCGGACCGUCAAGAGCAGAACACGCUACUUGAGUUCUUCGACCGCAUCCUCUGCCCGAGGAACAUAGUUCUGCUGGGCGAGUCUAGGUGCAAGGCCAGCGCUGUGUGGGAGGCGCUGGCCACUGUUCUCGUGUUCCUGUUAAAGAACGACUACCUCAGUGAGGAUUCGCUCACUGAACAGUGCUUGGCCGUGUACCGGCAGGACUGGCCUCAGAGCAUUCUUGAGAACCUGUCAACCUGCAUGAAGUCAGUCUCCUCACGCUGGUCCCGUGCUUCCACCGGCAAGUUCACUCUGUUCCUGGACUUCCUGGCAGAGUACUGCGGCGAUAUGGAUUACGAGCCGCUUGACUGA